ACCCACCGUGGUUUGAAAGCCAAAUCGGCAUUCGGAGAGAGGAACGACUUACGAAGACCGUUGGCAGAAGAACUCAGAAGCUAUGGCGGAAGGUCCACCCCCAGAAGACUUCUCGAAGCUGCCGCUAGAGGACAAGCUGAGCCACAAAGUCUGGAAAGCCCGUAUGAUGGGCUACGAAGAAGCUGCUAAACUAUUCAGACGAAUCGACGACGAGAAAAGCUCAGAGUACAACAAGACCUGUGAAGCAGUGGUGGCUGGCAUAGUGACAAAGUGUCUCAACGCCAGACCUAAGACGAAACAAGGCGGAAUUGACGUCUGUCUCAUGUACACCGAAAUUGAACAACAAGCUGUCGUCCAGGAAGAGAUAACAAAAGGACUAACAAACAAGCAGCCUAAGAUUGUCACAGCUUGCGUCUUUGUCCUAAGAACGAUGCUUACCGAGUUUGGAGCGAAAGUGGUGAAUAUGAAACAGCUGCUGAAAUCAAUGCCGUCCAUGUUUGAACACAGCGACAAGAAUGUCAGAGCCGAGGCCAAACUACUAGCAGUAGAGGUGUAUCGGUGGAUGGGUCCACCCCUCAGAGGCAUCCUCGACAAGUCGCUCAAACCUGUGCAGAUGAAGGAGCUGGACGACGAGUGGGGCAAGAUGUCUGGGGGACCAGCACUCCCAAACCGCCGCCUCAGAUCACAACAGGAAACAGCUGCUGUAGUGUCUGCCGGAGGUGGAGGGGGCGGGGCUGAUUCUGGUGGAGAUGUGGGCGGGGCAGUGGGCGAGGCCUCAGAUGCAAUUGACCCCUACGACCUUUUGGAUCCCGUGGACGCCGAUACGAAGUGGAAAGAGAGAAAAGAAGUCCUGGAGCUUGUUCUGCCACUGUCUCAGUCUCCCAAGAUUACUCCUGGUGACUUCACCGAACUGUUGAAGGCUCUGAAAAAGGUGAUCACGAAGGACAGUAACGUGAUGGUGGUGGCAGUGGCAGGUAACAUCGUAGCUGGAUUGGCCACCGGCCUACGCAAGGCUUUCCAGAGCCACGCCCCUUUCGUUCUUGCUGGAAUAUUUGAGAAGUUCAAAGAGAAGAAGCAGAUGGUCGUAGUGGCUCUCCGGGACGCUGCAGACGCCGCAUACCUCUCAACCACUCUCGGAGGUAUCCAGGAACAGAUCCUGGAAGCCCUCGAAAACAAAAACCCAAACGUCAAAUCGGAAACUCUCCUCUUCGCGUGUCGCUGCUUCCAACAGUGCACAGCUGCUAUGCUCCCAAAGGCUUCUCUAAAGGCCUUCUGCCCGCCCAUUAUAAAGAGUGCUGAUCCGAACGUAAGAGAAGCGGCAUUUGAAUCCAUCGCCACCCUCCUGAAGGUGGUGGGAGAGCGACCUAUGAACCUGUACAUCGAGGCCAUCGACAAGACAAAAAUGGCAAAGAUUCAGGAACACAAAGAGAAAGUGGAGUUAAAGAUAAAAAAGAAGAAGCCAGCUGCUUCCUCCGGAGGUGGGAAGGGAGGAGGAGGGAAGGGAGGGAAGGGAGGGAAAGCGGGAGGAGGAGGGAAGGGGAAAGGAGGCAAAGAUGAGGCUCCGGAUCCUCCUGAACCCGCCAUUUCAUCGGAAGAACUCGAUGAUAAAGCCAAUGAGGUGCUCCCGCCUGGACUCCUGGCACGUUUUGAAGACCCGAAAUGGAAAGAGAGACUCGAGGCUUGCGAGAAACUAAAACAGUUUGUAGAGGGGUUGCCAGGAGACGAGAUGCAGUCACUGUUGAUGAUCAAAGUGUUGGCACGGAAACCAGGCUGGAAAGAUAGCAACUUUCAGGUUGACAUUAGUGGUCAGAUAAAGUCCUCUCUCAUUGCCGAACUUUCCGACAAGAACUGGAAGGUCAGAGGUGAAGGUUUGACCAAGGUUCAGGAGAUUCUGGCCCAGGCAAAGUUUAUCCAGCCGUCGCUAGGGGAGUUGCCGGGGGCUCUGAAGGCCAGACUGGGCGACACCAACAAGAACCACACUCAUGUGAGGGCAGCAUGUGUGUCGUGUCUGAAUGUGUGGGUGACUGAGGUGACUCUGGUCCCGUUCAUAGAGGGAGAACUCCUCUCCACGGCACUCCAGAUGGAGAAUCCCAACCUGCGGACCGAGCUCCUGUCCUGGCUGGAGGAGAAGGUCCCUGCGGCUAAAGGGAAGCUUCCUCCUGAAGUAACCGCCAUCAUCCCUCCCAUCUAUGCCUGCCUUGAGGACAGAAAUGGAGAGGCUCGGCUGGUGCAUCAGGGGAAGAAGGAACCGGUCAAACCUGAACCAGAGAGCAAACCCAGCAGGUCUAGGGAACAGGAUAAACCGGUUUCUGAACCAGAUGAGCAACCACCGCCACCAGCAGCCACAGCUGCUGCCACAAAGAAAGGAAAAGGCUCAGCUACAAAACCUAAGGUGUUGAAAUGGAACUUUGCCAGUCCUCGAAGUGAGCACGUUGUCCAGCUGAAGGAACAGCUGCAACCUUGUCUCAGUCCAGACCUGUUUGCUCAGAUGUGUCACGACGAUUUCAAACAGCACUUGAAGGCCUUGGAGACACUUAUAAAAGCUGUAUCAGGCCCAGCCCCUCCUCACAAGGAAGCCGCCAUAGGUUCUCUUGACCUCCUCCUACGCUGGAUAACACUUCGAUUCUUCGACACCAACACGACGGUCAACAUGAAAUGCCUCGAAUUCCUUCCAAUUCUGUUUCAAAUGCUCACCAACGAGGGAGAUUUCAGAAUGAGCGACUAUGAGGGCCAGGCCUUUCUUCCCUAUCUUGUUACAAAGGUACAUACAUGA